AAAGGAGACCACCCCGAGUGCCCAGAGGGCGCUGGGGAACGCCUCCCCUCGUCCGGGCUGGUGUCCCUUUUGUCUGCCCGGUAAAUCCCGCCCUGUCGCUUUAAGGCUGAAGUCUCUGGCCCCAGCGCGGUGGAAAGCCCGAUGCGGCGCUCUGAUUGGGCGGGGCAUCGCGGUGACGUAACUCCGGGUACAAAAGGGCCCCGGUGGCGGGCGCCGGGGCAGAGCGUCCUGGGGGUGUUACGGCGUCCGUCCGCGCGGGUAGGAGACGCGAGAGCCAGCGCGCAGUCCGAAGUGCAUCUGCCCAGUAGGGAAGUCAGUCGCCACCGUCGAGUCGCCAUGGAGGUGCAAAAGGAGGCGCAACGUAUCAUGACCCUGUCGGUGUGGAAAAUGUACCACUCGCGCAUGCAGCGCGGAGGGCUGCGGCUGCACCGGAGCCUGCAGCUGUCCCUGGUCAUGCGGAGCGCCCGGGAGCUCUACCUCUCGGCCAAGGUGGAAGCCCACGAGCAGCCCGAGGUGCCCUCGCCAGCCGCCCGCUCCCCUGACCCUCGCCUGCACCCACCGCGGGAAGCACCAGCCGCAGCGGAAGCAGCGUCCACCGACGGUGAGCAGCCCUGCCCGGAGCCCAUGGACACUCAGGAGGCGCCGGCGGCCGAGGAGACCCCCGCCCGCUGCGCCCCGAGACCCGCCAAAGUCAGCCGCAAACGGCGGAGCAGCAGCCUCAGCGACGGCGGGGAUGCCGGACUGGUCCCGAGCAAGAAAGCCCGCCUAGAGAGGGAGGACGCGGAGGAAAAGGGGGGGGAGCCUUCGGAGGUCCCCGAUCGCCUGCGGGCCCCUCCGGCGCAGGCGGAAGGUGCCUUCCCCAACCUGGCGCGGGUGCUCCAGCGGCGCUUCUCCGGCCUCCUGAACUGCAGCCCCUCCGCGCCCCCGACCGCGCCGCCGCCGCCGGCCUGCGAGAAGCCGGCCUGCCGCGCGGCGGACAGCAUGCUCAACGUGCUGGUGCGGGCCGUGGUGGCGUUCUGAGCGCCCGGGCCGCUGCCGGAGUCCAGAGCGCGGGCCGAGCCGUCGGCCCGAGUACACACAGCCCGAAGCCAGGCCGCCCCGCGGGAGGGAAGGCCCGCGGAGACAGACGGUGGAGAGGAGCCGCGGCCCGGGAGCUGCCGCCCCCGGGAGCAGUGGCGGCGCCCGGGAACCUGAGCCGGGGCUGGGGCGCCCUCCUCCGAGCCCGGCCGCGCCCGCAGGUGCUGUCUGAACCGACAGGGACGCGGCCUCCCCGCCUCCCUCCGGGACUGGGCGAGGGGGGUCUGCUUCCUGACGUUCCUCAGGGUCGGACUUUGUUUCUCACCGGGGGCUGUGCUGCCCUUCGAGGCUUUUCCGAGAGCCGGUGUCCUGGUUCCCAGCGCGGCGUGCCCGGCGCCCUCUCCCCCCGGGCGACAUGCUUAUGCAAGCGGUCAUCGUUGCGUCACGGGCGGGCGUGGGGCGCUUCCUGCUGCCUCGCGUGGGCGUGGGGCCUGGAAGGGAGGCCGCCUGGGGCACAGCCCCCCGCGCUUCUCCCCGCACCCCGGUGCCUUCAGGUCCCGGGGAACGGAUCUCAUUUCAGGUUACAUUUUUUUUCCCUCGUUUGGUGCGUUCGAGGUGGGGAUAGGCGCACCGCCUCCGGCGUGACCCUCCCCCCGGCACAGACAAUCAGCCCAGAGACCUUGGUCUGGAUCUCAGAGGAGGGGGAGGGGGUGCCCCUGGCUCUGUGAGACCGGGCCUGUUUGGGGAGGGGGCGAUGCUAGCCAGUGCGUCGGAGGGCCUGUUUACUCUGGUGGGUUCUGUUUAACUCUGUCUGUCUGGCCUUUUUGCUAGAGACCAGAUACGAAAAUAAAAGACCAUUUAACU